CCGGCCAUACACAGAAAAGAGAUCACAAAACCGUCAUUCAUUAUUGUAGAUUUACAGAUUUUAUAAUUUUUCUAAAUUGCAGUUAUUGCGAAUAUUUUCCAGUUGUAACAUUCUUAUUAUUUUGGUUUGUUCACUUGCUUGAUUUUUAUUUGGUUUGAACAAGGUCUUAACUCUUGUGGAUCGAACCGCAAAAUGGAUCCAAAGGUGACGGAGUGGAAGGAUAAAGGCAAUGCAGCCUUGCAAGCGAAUCUUGUGGACGAAGCCAUUGCCGCUUAUAGUGAAGGACUCAAGUUGGACCCGAACAAUGAAAUUUUGUACAGUAAUCGUUCCGCGGCAUUUGCGAAAAAAGGCCAGUACGAUUUGGCGUUGAAGGACGGCGAGAAAGCCGUGGAACUGAAACCUCAGUGGUCGAAGGGUUAUUCGCGUAAGGGCGCUGCACUGGCUUAUUUGAAACGAUACCCUGACGCUGUUGCGGCCUACGAAGAGGGCCUGAAACACGAACCGGGCAAUCAGCAGCUUAAGGAUGGACUGGCUGAAUGUCAAUCUGCCAUGAACGCCCGUCCAUCUCAAGGAUUCCCGAAUCCAUUCGCCGGUCCUGGUAUUAUGGAUAAGCUACGGAGCGAUCCCCGGACCAAAGAUUUCGUUAAUCAGCCAGAUUUUCAAUUAAUCAUGUCCAAUCUUCAGCGCAAUCCUCAGAGUUUAAUGCAGUACCUGAGCGAUCCCCGAGUGUCGUCGGCAUUAAGCGUUCUCCUUGGCAUCGAUCUUGGUGCGAUGGGUGCGGAUGCCGGCGAGAUGGAUACCGAAGAUUACCCAACACCGCGCCCAUCGGAAUCGAAACCGGCGCCUUCAUCGUCGUCAGCUACUUCGGCUAAAAAGCCAACCGGGAAAGAAAAGCCUUCGAAUCUGUCCCCGGAGCAGAACAAAGCCUGGGAUGAGAAGGAAUUAGGAAAUGAGGCGUACAAGAAGAAAGACUUCGAAACGGCUUUAAAGCAUUAUGAAAAGGCAGUUGAAUUGGACCCAGUGAACAUGACAUACAUGACGAAUCAAGCUGCGGUUUAUUUCGAGCAAGGAAAAUUCCAAGAGUGUAUUGACUUGUGCUUCAAAGCUAUUGAAAUUGGGCGUGAAAACCGAGCUGAUUACCAGUUGGUUGCAAAGGCUUUCGCUCGUAUUGGUAAUGCGUACGCCAAGAUGGACGACAAUCAGAAUGCAAAGAUUUUCCUCUCAAAAUCUUUGGCUGAACAUCGAGCUCCGGAUGUGUUAAAACGACUUCAAGAAAUCGAAAAAGUUAUAAAAGAGGAAGAGAACAAGGCUUACAUUGAUCCGGAAAAAGCGGAGGAAGAGAAGAACAAAGGAAAUGAUCUCUUCAAAAAAGGCGACUUCCCCGGCGCUUUGAAACAUUAUUCGGAAGCCGUGAAACGAAAUCCCACAGAUGCCAAGCUUUACAGCAAUCGAGCUGCAUGCUACACAAAACUCAUGGAAUUUAAUUUGGGACUGAAAGACGCUGAGGAAUGCAUUAAAUUGGAUCCGUCUUUUGUCAAAGGAUAUAUUCGGAAGGGCAGUAUUUUAAUGGCGAUGAAACAGGCGCAGAAAGCCACACAUGCUUUUGAGAAAGCAUUGGAGCUGGAACCAAACAACCAGGAAGCGCGAGAUCUUAUGCAGCGUGCAGUUGUGGAUAACCUCAAAGAUCCCGAAACGGCGCGUCGACAGGCCAUGGAAGACCCGGAAGUCCAGGCGAUUAUUGGUGAUCCUGCCAUGAGGAUGAUUUUGGAGCAAAUGCAGAAAGAUCCACAUGCUGUCAGAGAGCAUUUGAAGAAUCCAGAAGUCGCUGCGCGAAUCGAAAAGUUGAUCAACGCUGGACUAAUUGGCAUGCGUUGAUGAGCCGCACAUUUCCCAUACGUGGUCUGCAGAGAUUGAUCACAUGAAAUUAGUUUGAUAUUGAACGUUGUUCUACUGGUGUUGGAAAAUCAAUAUUUACCAUUACGUAGUGUUAUAGUGCAUAUUAAGUGGCACCUGUUUUAAGCAUGUCGCGAAAUGC